CCCUGGGAACCUCCAUGCCCAAGCCUGGCGUAAAUAAAGGAUCUUGGGCAGCACAAUACGGUAUUUAAGAACGCUGUUAUUUCUUUCAACAAGGCGACAAUUCAGAGUGUUUUGCAGAAAAACGCGCUUGUCGUUGACAGGGAGUGAACUGUUGCGACGUUGGCUGAUUGCAGGACAUACACAAAUGUGGUAUUAUUUUUUCGGCGAAGCUUAACAGCAUUUUAAUAUUCAGCUAGUCUGGUGAAGACAAUGGUGACAAACCCUACAAACAAAUGUAGGGUAUUAUCGUAAUUCAAAACAUGCCUGCCACAGCGGACAGCUGAUUACGGACGUUGUUUUUUUAUUUAUCCAUUGUGUUGGAAUUAGUAGCCAUCUACGUUGACAAGGGAUGCACAGGCUCCUUCGUGAAAUUGCUAAGUCAAUGAAGAAGUGAAUUGUUUGGUGUAACACAAAAGAUUGUCCAUAUUUGUAACUUCGUCUAAGUCGACAUUUUUACAAGACGUCAGAACCAUAUAGUGCGACAUCUCACUUCAAACUGCUGGAUAUCGAGGAAGUUGUAAGUUAUCGAGACGGUUCGAGCAUAAAUUAUUUAAAGGGACGAAAUGAGCUCCGAAGAGGCCGCCGCUCCAACUAAAACAGUCACUGACGAUGACGGCAUGUCAUGGUGGUACCGAUGGAUGUGCAAAAUCGCAGGAGUCCUUGGGGGAAUAUCCUGUGCAAUAGCUGGGGUGUGGAACUGUGUGACGGUGAAUCCCCUAAACAUUGUAGCCGGAGUCUGGAUGAUCUUAAACGCCUUUGUCCUGUUUCUUUGUGAGGUACCGUUCUGCUGUCAGUUCAUCGAGUUUGCCAAUGCUGUGGCUGCACGUGCAGACAAACUCAAGCCCUGGCAUAAAGCUGUCUUCUACUGCGGGAUGGCCAUAGUUCCGGUUGCGCUCAAGUUCUCCUUCAACACUCUUCUGGGGAAUGCGAUCGCCUUUGCCACCGGGGUCCUCUACGGCCUUGCUUCACUGGGCAAGAAGGGUGAUGCAGUUGGUUACGCUCGCCUGCAGCACCAGAAGCAGCCAGAUGAGGAAAAGCCGGUGGAUGACGGAGCACAGUAACCACCUCUCAGCCUCCUGAGUCCUGACCUCAGCAUCUGGCAACCGUCCCUCUGGUCACACCCCGUCCUUUUUCCACUCUCCUCUCUCUUUUGUGUUACUGGAUGUAUUUAUUGACUUUCAGACUGCUGCACCUUUUGUUGUCUUGCCCAAGUGUCUGGGCAAAAUUUUUAUUUUAAUUGUGUGUUUUGAUUGUAGCUCUAGGUCCAAGCCUUACUUAUUAACUGUGAUUUUUAUCUUGUGUCUUCUAAACUGGACUUACGUUCUGUUGUGCUAAGUGUAUUUUUAUUUUUAAUGUGACGAUCCUGGAAGGUGAAUCCAAAUCAGUGGUAAAGUAACAAACCUGAUUUAUAUUUUAACCCAGAAGUAGUUGGUAAGAGGGGAAAUGCUCAUCAGCAUUUGCUUAGGGUGUUUGGCUAAGAUAAUGAUCUCUUCUGUGAACAGAAUUGCUGCGUAAACUAUACCAGUACAUCACUUCAACUAUGUUGGUGGUAUACAACGCUCCAAGUCUACCUGUUGGGCCAGUGUGUUUGUAGUGGGAUCCUCAUAUAAGACUUUUGUUGGUUUGUAUCCUUAUAUGUGGAAAUGCAAAACACUCCUACCUUACCUUAGCAAUUCCCUGCAACUAUUGUUCUCACUCAAAUUAGACGGUAGUUUCCUGUACAACCCAAGUAAUCAUUUGUCAGUAAUGAGCCUUGGUGCAGUCCCAGUUAUGGCCUCUUCUUUUUUUCAUAGUGUGAACAAAACUCUUCAUAUCUCUGUCUGUGCUGGGAGUUUACCUUCAAAAACUCUAUUGCGUCACCUCAUUGGUUCUGUAAAUUGAACAUGGUCAAAGCAGUAGUCAAAACGCAGCUAUGGGCGACAAGUUGGGUUUGUAGCCCAAGGGUUAAUAGUUCAAUCCCUAACACCGCCAGGUGGAUGAGGGAGCAAAUAACACGCUUUGCACCGGGGAGGCAUAAAAGCAAUUUCAAUGUGUGCUGUGUCACAAUGAUGGAAAUAGGGCAUUAAUUUUCACUAGAGCACAGACAGUAAAGGUAUGUUGCACAUCAGUGGCUUUCACCCAGGUGAAGGACUUGCAGCUUCCGGCUAAAGCAGUGUUCCUUCAAUCUAACUCUCACGAGUCUCUCCUCUAUCCAAACAUGGCCAGUCAACCUUGGUGUGGACACAAUUCUUUGUAUCCACGGCAACACUUUCAAUCACUGCAGGUAUUGGGAACUUUGGCCAUGGGAAGCGUUUUUUGUCCCUUCUCCCUGAACUCUUAUUCUGCACACCCAAAGAUGGCAGAAGCUUUAUAUUUGCAAUUGUCUAUCUUUUUCAGUGUUAAAUAUUUAUAUCCAUAUUAAUUUGCUAUCAAAAGUAAUGUGAUGGAGACGCAUGCCCACACAGUCCUGUGAUGGUUAGUCAAAUCAGUUGUCAAGGCAACUGAUGGCACCCUUGAAUGGUAUGUCGUCGUUAUUUGAGUUUGGAUGGAGGAUCAAAUACUAGACAAGAAGUGGAAUGUAGAGCCAAUGUGGAACCCAAUCCCUUUCCCUUUCCCAUAACUUCUUUUCUCUAUAUGGAAAGUAAUUAUCUUCCUAGUCUAGUAGCCUUCCCUCUCUUGGAAUUGUUUCAUCAGACACAAGUCACCAAAGGUCAAACAUUGAUUGUAAUCUAAAUGUUACAAAGGGAAAUAGUGAAGAUCUUGAUACGGCUCUGUGAUGGCCUGGUCCUGACUGCUUUCUGUUGAAUUUUGUGUGGAUUGUUGAGAUCUCAUGGCAUCGCUUUUUCACGAAAUCGCUUAAGCUUUGUGAACCGGAAUGUUUUGUGUGUCUGUUACAUAGUUGUAGCUUAUAGGUUGAUGGGUGAACAAAUGAUCGUGGGGCUUUUUUUUAGUCCUUGCACCUCUUUCAGGGAUUUUGUGCGAUGUGUGUGACUUGUGUGGGGAAAAAAAAUAGAUUACCCAUACAGCCUUGCUUCUGUCAAAGCAGAGCUCCUCAGCUGCAGCAAAGAAGGGCUUUUAAAUGAAUUUGCGUGAGACAUUGUUGCUAGGGACUACAUCAUCUCAUGAUGGCUCAUGUGAAUGUGAGGGAGACCUCCAUGUUCUUGUUUACCUGUGGGAAAUAUGAGUCAGUUGUCUUGCAUGUCGUACUGUAAAUUAUCAUUAUACUGUAGGUAAAUGUCAGAGAAUAUGACUCCAUAAGGCUGCCAGCUUUCUCUUGCUCCCACUCACCUUUCCUUUGGUUUUCACCCAUACCCAGAUAACCAGCACCUAGAUACCAGCAGUCAGAGCAGCUGAGACCUUCAGCUUAUAUUAACUUGCCUGAAAAGUUGUACCCAUUGUAAUGGUACCGGUACACAUCGGACAGGGGUACAUAUUUGGGUAAUUCAUACCUCAGCACCCUGUCUGGGUUUAUUAUUUUUCUGCUUCAUACACUGGAAUUCAUACACUACAACAUUUAGAGGGGUUUUAUUUUCUUUCUGUUCUGAAAGUACAUAGAAUAUGUAACUAUCGUUUUACAUGAACUAUCCUUCUCUCAACAUUUGCCUUUCAUGCUUUUAAUGUGGCAAGUGUACCAAAAUAUGCUUGGAAUGUUAUGGUCUAAUACACCAGACGAAUUUGACUUUUUUAUGUCAGCUAAAUUUAUUUGUUUUUGAAUUAAACCCAAAUCAGCACUACACUUCUACUUUGAUACCUUGGGCAAAACCUGCCUCAAUAAUAUGAGGAACAGCAGUACACUGGUCUCUUGCAAAUAACCAUUUAAAAAAAUGCAUACGUCAUAUCAGAAAAUGCAGUAGGCCUAAAUGCAACCCGUUAGCAUGGCAACAGUCGAGGGUUUCCACAGUAUACACCACCUGUUCUUGUCAACAGCAACUGGAAGGCGUAGAUGCUGGUGGUUGAUUGUACAGUAUGAUGAGGAGUUGUGACCUUUAGUCUGAAGGGAAAUUGAUGGAAAUGACUAAGGCCCCUAAAUAUCACACCGAUUUUCCAGUGUGUUCCAGUCGUUAGAAACAAACAGGUAUAUCUUGUGAAUGGUAGUUACAUUUCAGAUACUUUUUGUAUAGGUGCUGGUAUUUAUGAGGAAAAGAAAGAAAACCUCUGAAUAGUUUUUUGUACAACUGUUCAUUUAGGAUUCUAGUACAGUUAGGCUUGGUUGAAGAGAUAAUGCAAGUACAUCGAGGAAAGACCUGGGAAGGCCUCAAAACUUGGGUCUCUGCUAACCUUACUAGACUUGAACACACUUCAUGCUAACCUCAAAUCAGCUUUCACUCUACUCUCAACUUCAAUGUUUGCUGCGAGAUGUGUCUGCGCAUGCGCUUACCUGUGUAACUCAGAUAUGGAGUGUUUUUGUGUUUGGUUUGUUCUUUAAUUGAUGUGAAAUGCCUGACUGACUGUAAUGAUCGUCUCUUUAAUUUUCCUCUGAAUCAUGAACAAAAAAAAUAAAUCAUACUGCCUUUUUAAGACCCA